UUUCGAAACUAACCUGAAAUAUUUUAGAAGGUUUGUGUUCAAAAUUUGCGCUAAUUUCUUGGUUUUAAUCUGUYGAUUUCUACGAUUUAUAGUUAUUCAUAAAAAGCACUUUAUUGGAAAACAUGAGGCCGCUUACUGAAGACGAAACUAAAACAGUUUUUGAGAAACUAGCCAAGUAUAUUGGAGAAAAUAUGAAGCUACUGAUUGAUAGACCAGAUGGGAAUUACUGUUUUAGAUAUCAUAAUGAUAGARUUUAUUAUGUAAGUGAAAUAAUAAUGAGAAAAGCGACAAACAUAGCAAGAGACAAUCUUAUCAGCUUAGGYUCUUGUCUUGGUAAAUUUACAAAAGGUGGCAAAUUCAAGCUCCAUAUUACUGCUCUAGAUUUUCUUGCUCCCUAUGCAAAGUACAAAAUCUGGGUCAAACCUGGAGCAGAACAAACAUAUCUCUAUGGCAACCAUAUCACAAAAUCUGGGUUAGGACGAAUUACAGAAAACACACCCCAGUACCAAGGUGUAGUAGUCUAUUCCAUGAGUGAUGUUCCUCUGGGGUUUGGUGCAACAGCAAGAUCAACACAAGAUUGCAGGAAGGCAAACCCAACAGAUGUUGUGUGUUUUCACCAAGCUGACAUCGGGGAAUAUUUACGAUCAGAAGAAACCCUUACGUGAUGAAUAUACACAUUAUAGAUCGUUUAAUCAAAGAAUAAAACUCAUUUAUACUUUUUU